UCUGUUUUCAAUAUGAAUUCUUAAGAUAUUUUUUAGAGUAUUAUCAGAGUAGAGAAAAUGUUGCAUUGAUUGCAUUUUUCUUCCGUAGGAAAUAUUUUUGAAAAUUAUUAAAAUUUCAAAAUGAAUCGCUUCGUUUUUAAAAUUUUAGGUGCCUUUUCUCAGUGUCAAAAAAAUAAUAAAUCCUCUGUGAUAACAUAUAUCAGUACAAAUAGAAAUUUUACUGUUAUGAAAAAUAUUGCUGCCUUCCAAUCCUUAAGCGGUUAUUUAUCCAAAACAGCGGUAAAACUUAAUAUUUUACUGAGUGAACGAAAGAUGAGUACGGACUUUAAUGAUGAAGAUGAUAAAAAGAAACCAAAAAUGCUAAUGAAAUUUGAACCUGUUCUCCGACCAGAAGUGCUACUUACAAUAAAAAAUUGGAUUUUAGCAAAAUUCAUCAUACGACCGUAUUUAGAUAAUGAAUUCACAUUAAAAGAUUUUACUUCAGGGGCAAAACAGGCACUAACUGUUGUUUCAUCAUUCUUGUCUCAAGGAGAUUUCCAGUCCUUAGCAGGGCUUCUUACUGAUGAAGCAAUAACAGAAAUCAAGAGAAACUUUGCAGCAUUAAAUGUUAAAGAAAGGCAGGAUUUAUUUGUAAAGGUUACUGAUAUCUUAUUUGCAUUUCCUUAUCAAGUAGGGAUUAUCUUCGAUGACAGUAGUCAACGCAGAUUUGCUGAAAUUACUGUAGUUUACCACUGCAUGAAUGAUUUUGAAGAACUCAAGUCUCAAGGUAAAGCUUUGACAGAAGAUGCUAAGGAAGAUAUUAAAGUAUGUAAUUACCGGUUUAUUAGAGAAUACACAAAAGGUGUACAGAGUGACUGGAUAAUAAACAGACUUGGGCAUUUUAAGCUGCGACAUUUUGAGAACUGAUUUUAUUGCUAAACAGUGUAUAUGAAUAGAAUACUUUGCGACAUUAGUAAAUUAUUUGUGUGUAUUAAGUAAAAAUUUUACAUUAAAGAUUUCUGUGCUCUGUACAAA